AUGCCUCGUUUUGCCAGUGACAAGGUUCAGGGACAGGUUAUUGGUAUUGAUUUGGGAACUACAAAUUCCUGUGUUGCUGUUAUGGAUGGAAAAACCCCUCGUGUGAUUGAAAACGCAGAAGGUGGUCGUACCACUCCAUCCAUCGUUGCUUUCUCCAAGGAUGGUGAGCUUAUUGUAGGUACACCUGCCAAGCGUCAGGCAGUUGUUAAUCCAGAAAACACUUUGUUUGCCACCAAGCGUUUGAUUGGUCGUCGGUUUGACGAUGCCGCUGUCCAAGAAGACAUGAAAACCGUCUCAUAUAAAAUCAUCAAGCACACUAACGGCGACGCUUGGGUCGAGGCUCGUGGCAAGAAAUACUCUCCUUCCCAAAUUGGCGCAUUUGUUUUGCAAAAAAUGAAGGAAACUGCCGACGGCUUUCUUGGAAAAUCUGUCAAAAAUGCUGUGGUUACUGUCCCCGCAUAUUUCAACGAUGCUCAGCGUCAAGCCACCAAGGAUGCUGGUCAGAUUGCCGGUCUUAAUGUUCUUCGUGUGAUCAACGAGCCUACUGCUGCUGCUCUUGCAUUUGGUGUCGACAAGGAAGGUGACAAGGUUGUUGCCGUUUAUGAUCUCGGCGGUGGUACUUUUGAUAUCUCCAUUCUUGAGAUUCAGAAGGGUGUAUUUGAAGUCAAAUCCACCAAUGGUGACACCCAUCUUGGUGGUGAAGAUUUUGACAACACUCUUGUGUCGCACAUUGUGUCCGAGUUUAAAAAGGAAUCUGGCAUGGAUAUAUCCAAGGAUCGCAUGGCUUUGCAGCGUAUUCGUGAGGCUUGUGAAAAGGCCAAGAUUGAGCUGUCUGCUACUGUCCAGACUGAUAUCAACUUGCCCUACAUUACUGCCGAUGCUUCUGGUCCAAAACACAUUAAUACCAAACUAACCAGAUCACAGUUUGAGUCUCUUACAAAAUCUCUUAUGGACCGUACUAUCGAGCCUUGCCGCAAGGCAAUCAAGGAUGCUGGUGUUUCCACCAGUGAGAUCAAUGAAGUUAUUCUUGUCGGUGGUAUGUCCCGUAUUCCCAAGGUUCAGGAAAUCGUAAAAUCCAUCUUUGGCAAAGAACCUUCCAAGGCUGUCAAUCCUGAUGAGGCUGUUGCCAUUGGUGCUGCCGUACAGGGUGGUGUUUUAUCCGGAGAGGUUACUUCCAUUCUCUUGCUGGAUGUUACUCCCCUUUCUCUUGGUAUCGAAACUCUUGGAGGUGUUAUGACCAAGCUUAUUACCCGUAACACCACUAUCCCAACCAAAAAAUCUCAGACUUUCUCCACUGCUGCAGAUGGUCAGACUCAGGUUGAGAUCAAAGUUUAUCAGGGUGAGCGUGAGCUUGUUAGAGACAACAAGAUUCUUGGCCAGUUCAACUUGGUCGGCAUUCCUCCCGCACCUCGUGGCAUUCCCCAGAUUGAGGUUACCUUUGAUAUUGAUGCUGAUGGUAUUGUGAACGUGUCUGCAAAGGACAAGGCUACAAACCGUGAUCAAUCCAUCACUAUUGCAGCUUCUUCUGGUCUUUCAAACACUGAGAUUGAAAACAUGGUUUCCGAGGCAGAAAAGCAUGCCGAAAGCGACAAGAAGCGUCGUGAGGUUAUUGAAGCUAGCAACAAGGUCGAGUCUUCCAUUCACGAAACUGAAAAGGCUAUGGUUGACUUUAAAGACAAGAUUGACAAGGAAGAGUGUGAUAAAAUCAAGGAGCAGAUCAAGCAGUUGCGUGACCUUAUGGCCAAGGGACCUGAUGCACUUACUCCCGAGGAGAUCAAGGAGGCAUGCGACAAUCUUCAAAACGCUAGCUUGAAACUUUUCCAAAAGGUGUACGAGCAAAAGAACCAUGAAGGUACCGAGACUAAAAAGGAAGAUGGUGCAUCCGAUGCUGAGUUCAAGGAUGCCAAGAGCAAGGAGUAG